AUGCCUCCCAAGGUCGACCCCAACGAGAUCAAGAUCAUCCACCUCCGGGCAACCGGUGGUGAGGUCGGUGCUUCUUCGGCUCUCGCCCCCAAGAUCGGUCCCCUCGGUCUCUCGCCCAAGAAGGUGGGCGAAGACAUCGCAAAGGCCACUGGUGACUGGAAGGGUCUCCGCGUGACCGUCAAGUUGACGAUCCAGAACCGUCAAGCCGCCGUCUCGGUGGUUCCCACAGCGUCGUCCCUCAUCAUCCGGGCGCUCAAGGAGCCCCCCCGUGACCGGAAGAAGGAGAAGAACAUCAAGCACAACAAGUCGGUUUCCCUCGAUGAGAUCAUCGAGAUUGCGAGGACGAUGAAGUUCAAGUCGUUCUCCAAGGACCUGAAGGGGUGUGUCAAGGAGAUUCUGGGUACCGCUUUCAGCGUCGGCUGCCAGGUAGAUGGCAAGAGCCCGAAGGCCAUCAGCGACGCCAUUGAGGAGGGCGAGAUCGACAUUCCUGAGGAAUAA